AUGAGCCAAAGCCAUGCAACGCAAGUCCUUCGUCAGCACACUGCAUUCAGCUCAAAUCUCUCUUGGAUUGCCGUCUCCGCACGAGGGUAUACUCAUCCACAAAGCCGAUCGCUUUUGGCUGAUUGUUUCGCGGUUGCGGGGAAGAAGUUUACAAAACCCAUUCCUGAAAAAUCCGGGGUAAAACGAACUCUAACCAAGCCGCAGGUUGACGAGGAGACAAGCAAGCGAGAUUUGGAGAUGCGGAGUCUGCGGAGUCAGAACUGGCUGGAUGAAAUUUGUUUACAUUCCGCUCGAAAAGGAGGCCAGCAACCCUUGGAAGUCGCUGGAAUGAUGGCUCGCCGGCAUACUCCGUACGCAUCCACAGUAGGACACGACCGCUGGGAGCCAGGAAUCUGCCAAUCAAGUGUUAUCACUUUCGUUGAAGCAGACAUAUCGACCAAUGCAAAUGCUAUUCAAACCAAAGCAGAUGAUGUAGCUGGGAUGUACACAGUACAAAAACGUAGAGCUGAACGCCACCAGCAAAGGUCCAUGUCCCGAGGACCGGACACAUGGUGGUCAUGCCGAUUCCAGUAA